UUCCAUCCUUAUUGGUCAUCGAGUUUAUCCUUUGUCAUACUUUGUAGUAGUAACUAAUGGUACAUUUUCCUAAUUUCAGGUCAGUGUUAAUGCUGAAAAUACAAGCAAUAUGAUUUCAUUAUAAAAUGAACAGAAUACUAUAUUGAAUCAUGAAAGUGCUGAGCAAUCGAAUAUUGAGGAUGAAACAAUGGAUAUGACUUCAAAGCAAAGCGAUGAGUACAUAAAAAAUGCUUUAAAUUGUCUCAAAAAAUGCCAAGAUGGUAUUGCUUUGGAAAUUGACUUUACACAAAAAAUGAGAAAUGGAUAUUUCAAGUCAUUUUGCAGUAUGUUAGCUGCUGAAGACACACUUCUUUCUUUGGCUACAAACAAUGGCAAGAUAUUUUGAAUUUGGAGCAUUUUCAGGAUUUUACCUAAAUGUCAUGGGCAGUAUGAUUAAGGAAAGAUAUGCAUGGAAUGUUUUGCCAUACAAUAUUUAUACAGAAAAAGACGUUAUUGUGGAAAAACAACGUGCUUGUGGCCUAUACGCAAGUCGACGAAUAGAGAAGCCAAAGAAGGAAUACAAAAACUUCUCUCGAAAAAUUUAUAAACGUACUUCUACUGGUAUUGCUCAAUGUAUGUCGAACUUACUCCAAGAAAAAGUGAAUGAAAAGUGGAUUGUGAUUUGGUUGUGUGUAUGGUGUUACAAAAAAGACAAAAUUGGGAAGAUAAAUUGGAUUCUUGUGGGCAUAGUAAACAAAGGUAUUUUAUUUCAACUGAUAGCAUCACAGACUGGGAAUCGCAGUUGAAACUAUAUAGAUCUAAUCCUCAAGAAGCAUUUGCUAUACCAAACUUUGAUUUAGUUACUUCAACUGAUGAUAGAGUUUUAUCUUUAGAAGAACAACUAAUGUUUUUGUCUUCGUUCCCUAAUUUUCAUAAAUGGAUUUGGUAUGGUAAAAAUAACAACGCCAUAAAAUUUGAACAGCGUUUUUCAAUUAGCUCACGUUGGUUUCCUGGCUCACCUAGAAGCCGUAUAAUGGCCAAGACAACGUUGUCAUUGCAUGUCUUAAAACCAUUCUUGGUGAAAAGUAUGUUUUGAUUACAAAACAAAAACAAGGCGUCAGAGUACUGGUAUAAAAAGACCUAACUCUGAUAGUGCAUUGUGUGAGGCCCUUGGAUACUCUUCAGAAGAGGUGCAGGCAACUUUAAAUGGUAUUUUGCAGGAAAUGGGUGGAGAAAUUGUUGAAUUGCCUUGCAAGGCUAUGGCAAAGGAGACACAAAGCGAAGGCAGAACUGUAACCGUAAAUUCAAUUAGUGUUUUAUUUAAUUUAGUUGACCCAAA